GACGUCACGGUCCGGUUUGGCCUGCACCGUCUGGUCGGUGCCGAGCUGUCUGCUCUGCGUGUUGUCGGAGUCGUGGGAACAUAGUUCAUGUCACUUGGCUGCGGACCAGCACCAGUACGUGCACGAUGGGAGCAAUAAAUAUCGUGGGGGCGCAAGCAAGGGAUGGCCACCUUUUAGAAAGCUGUGCUUGAAUGGCCACCACCGUAAUCGAGCCACCGCAGUAACAGCCAACUCGCAUCACCACGAAUUACACAAUCUCAAGCGAGACAUCUGGACAACAGCCGUGGACCGUCCUACGCCAGCGCCCGGCAUGAGCAGCUCCUUCUGACUACGCGUGGAGCAUCGUCUAAACGACCGCGGCCUCGGUCCAAGUACAAGCUAGUAGUAGGCGUCUAAUCCGAGACCAUGGCCGCCGCUGCGAGCCAACCCCCGAGGCCUCUGGACCUCGCCAUCAUCGGCGGCGGCAUAUCGGGCAUCACCCUCGCCAUAGCCUUAUACAAGCGGGGGGUUGGCUGCACUGUCUACGAGGCUGCCUCGGAGCUUACUGAAAUCCGCGGGGCAGUACCCAUCAGCCGCAAUGCCUUGCGCGCCAUGGAGCACGUCGACCGCUGUGUCCUUGGCGCCUACAACCUCGUCUCGACCCGCAACCAGUCCCUCUCGAAACGAACCUCCUGGGGCGAUUUUGUGGACGGCAUGUCUCCCCAGCCCGCAACCCACCUCGACCCUCUGUUCUCCAUCAUUGGCGCCGAAGGUGUUGGACACAACGUCGUGCCCUGUGCACGCUUCCUGGACGAACUGGUCAGGCUUCUGCCAAGAGACACGGUGAGGUUCGAGAAGGAGCUCAAGCAUGUAUUGGACGAUAGGAUUGGAUCUGGAAAGAUGCUCAUGAAGUUCGCAGAUGGUUCUGUAGCAGAAGCAGACGCGAUCAUUGGCUGUGACGGCGUGAGAUCCCGUACAAGAGCCAUCAUGGUGGGCGAAGAUCACCCUGCCGCGAUGGCAUCGUAUACCCACAAGUACGCCUACCGCGGCCUCGUUCCCAUGUCACAGGCGUCAAUGGCAUUGGGUGUGGACAGGGCGAUGAAUGCAACAUACUGGUUGGGGAAGAACCGACACUGUUUGACGUUCCCUGUGGAUGAGGGUGAGAAUAUGAGCUUUCUGGCUUAUGUGACCAACGACCGUGGAGGGUGGCCAAGCGACACGCCGGUUUGCCUGCCUACAACAAAAGCGGAAGCACUGGACGACUUCCGUGCGUUUGGUCCGAAUGUCAAACAUUUCAUCAAGCUUUCAGUAGGAAAUUUUGAACGGUGGGCGAUCUUCGACCUUGGCGACUAUACCCUCUCCUCCUACUUCAAAGACCGUAUAUGCCUGCUCGGCGAAUCAGCACACGGCUCGAGUCCUCAUCAUGAAGCCGGAGCGGGUCUCUGCAUCGAAGAUGCUGCGGUUCUAGCGUCCCUCCUAUCAAUGUCCGAAAUCAAGGGGCCCGAGAUGCUUGAGAAGGUCUUUGCGGCGUACGACUCCAACAGGCGCGAGCGGACACAAUGGCAUGUGCAGAGCAGCCGCCGAGCAGGGAACCUCGCAGAAUACCUCACCAAAGACGUCGGCAAAGACUUCGGCAAGAUGGAGAAGGAGCUGAACGAGCGACUUAACCAUAUAUGGAACUUCGACAUCGAGGAAGCCAUCCGAGAGGCCACCAAGGAUCUGAAACGAAGGUUGUCUGUGCCUGGUCUACACAAGUAUGACUCCCAGAAGAUGCCCUGGUUCCUGAACGAAGACAAUGGCCUGGAAACACAGUGAGGCUGAGGCUGGCAAAGUCGAAUUCGAAAUAUGGCACACUUAGACGUAGAACAUAGAGCAUGGAGUUCGGUGAGUACAAGCAUAGUGGCUAGACUAUGGACUUAUUUUAGAAUGAUAAAUAUCAUAAGCUCACUUGAGGCAAUCAAGUGUGCACUUGUUCUCC